AUGUCGGUGGUUUUUGUGCCGGAGAAACUGCGGAGCGAAGUGGAGGUGAACCAGGAGACGAUGCAGCGGCUGCUAGAAGAAAAUGAUCAGUUGAUUCGGUGUAUUGUUGAGUAUCAGAAUAAAGGAAGAGCCACAGAAUGCGUGCAGCACCAACACACUUUGCACAGAAAUCUGAUUUACUUGGCUACUAUUUCUGAGGCAUCUCCCUCUACUGCUAUAGAGAAGACAGCAGACAGUGUCUGAAUACAGAUGCCUGCCUGGAGAAAGUAUGAAGGGGGAGUCUGUCUGGA